AUGCCAUACCUCCAGCUACUCGGCGAGCCGAACGAGGUGCCUCAGGCCAGCAACAUGAAGGUUCUCAUCAUCGGCGCAGGCAUGAGCGGUCUCACUCUAGCCCACCAACUCAAACAGAACAACAUCGACUUCGAGAUCUUCGAACGUGAUCCUGACGAAGACGCCCGUCAACAGGGAUGGGCACUUUCGCUAUUCGGCGAAGCUCUCGAAGGCCUGGAGAUUUUGAUGCCAGCAGAAUUAGGCCCAGUCGAGCAAACCAGUCAUCUCCGUCCACUCGAUCUUCCAGCACAAUUUGCCUUCUAUGAUGUGACGAGACCGAACAUGAGAGUCGGGGUCCAGAGCGAUGAUUCGGGCAAGAUUAUCCGUGCUCAUCGGCAGACUCUUCGGAACUGGUUACUGCAAGGCAUCGAUGUCCAGUUUGGAAAGAGACUUGUAUCGAUCGAAGAGCGCGACGAUAAGGUGACGGUCAGAUUUGAAGAUGGAACUACGGCCACGGGCAACUUUCUUGUGGGUGCUGAGGGCACUAGGAGUGUGGUCCGGAAACACAUUCUCAAGGGCAAGGACGUAAUGAAGCCACUUGCCCUUGGAUCGAUUGUUGGUGAGAUUGCUCUCAGCGGCGAAGACUUCACAACUCAGCUCAAACUUGCCCAUUCCGGCUACAUUGUGAUGAAUUCGACAUUGGGCAGCAACGAUCAAAGUGCAAUCUUCUGUGCUUUGAACAAGGUCAGCGACGAUGGCCAGACUGGUUACUACUACUACAUAUUAUUGUGGGUGGACAAGCAAGCCCCCUUCACCACCGAUGCCAAUCCUGGCUGGACAGUUGGAGCAACGCAGCAACAAUUGGCAGACUUCGCACGAGAGAAAACAAGAGCAUACCCUGAACAUCUUCGACAGCUGGUCGAUAAGGUACCCACUGAAGGAUACAAAAGCCCUGGGUUCCAACUUCAGGGAGUUCAGCUCGAGUCGUCACAGCUCCCAGCAGGGAGAGUCAUGGUCAUUGGUGAUGCAGCUCAUUCUAUGACACCUUUCCGUGGCGAGGCUGGCGUGUGUGCUUUCACAGACGCAAUGAAACUUGGGAAGACUCUGGUAAAGAUUUGUGAUCAGCAAGCCCAAGGUCAAGAUAUGGAGAGACUCAUGACUGACUUCCGCGACGACAUGCUCGCUCGCGGGAAAUGGGCCAUUGACGUGUCCAAUCCUGUUUUAGAGGACUAUGGGAAAUACGCAGCUGACUACAAAUUUGGCACAUUCGGAAAAGAGGCUGCGCCUAUCGAAUCACUGAAUGUGCAGCAGAGCACAGCUGAGACUAUGGUCUCAGCAUGA